UCCGCCAGUCGGCUCGGAGGUCUGGUGCGCGGCGUGGAGCGGGAGCCCGGGCCGGACGCGCGGCCGGGGGCCGGGGCUGGGGGCUGGGAGAUCGGCGCCCGCCGCCGGGCAGGCCUGAGCCGCAAUGGCUGAGAUGGGCAGCAAGGGGGUGACGGCGGGGAAGAUCGCCAGCAACGUGCAGAAGAAGCUCACUCGCGCGCAGGAGAAGGUCCUCCAGAAACUGGGGAAGGCAGAUGAGACAAAGGAUGAGCAGUUUGAACAGUGUGUCCAGAAUUUCAACAAGCAGCUGACCGAAGGCACCCGGCUGCAGAAGGAUCUCCGGACCUACCUGGCCUCUGUCAAAGCCAUGCACGAGGCCUCCAAGAAGCUGAACGAGUGUCUGCAGGAGGUGUACGAGCCCGACUGGCCGGGCAGGGAUGAAGCGAACAAGAUCGCUGAGAACAAUGACCUGCUCUGGAUGGAUUACCACCAGAAGCUGGUGGACCAGGCACUGCUGACCAUGGACACAUACUUGGGCCAGUUCCCUGACAUCAAGUCACGCAUCGCCAAGCGCGGGCGGAAGUUGGUGGACUACGACAGUGCCCGGCACCAUUACGAGUCCCUCCAAACGGCCAAAAAGAAGGAUGAAGCCAAAAUUGCUAAGGCCGAGGAGGAGCUCAUCAAAGCCCAGAAGGUGUUUGAGGAGAUGAAUGUGGAUCUGCAGGAGGAGCUGCCGUCCCUGUGGAACAGCCGUGUGGGUUUCUACGUCAACACGUUUCAGAGCAUCGCGGGCCUGGAGGAGAACUUCCACAAGGAGAUGAGUAAGCUCAACCAGAACCUCAACGAUGUGCUGGUCAGCCUGGAGAAGCAACAUGGGAGCAAUACCUUCACGGUCAAGGCCCAGCCCAGUGACAGUCCCCCUGCAAAAGGGAACAAGAGCCCCUCGCCUCCGCCGGACGGCUCCCCUGCCGCCACCCCCGAGAUCAGAGUCAACCACGAGCCCGAGCCUGCCAGUGCGGCCACCCCCGGGGCCGCCCUCCCCAAGUCCCCGUCUCAGCUCCGGAAAGGCCCACCUGUCCCUCCGCCUCCCAAACACACCCCGUCCAAGGAGGUCAAGCACGAGCAGAUCCUCAGCCUGUUUGACGACACGUUUGUCCCCGAGAUCAGCGUGACCACCCCCUCCCAGUUUGAGGCCCCGGGGCCUUUCUCGGAGCAGGCCAGUCUGCUGGACCUGGACUUUGACCCCCUCCCGCCUGUGGCAAGCCCUGUGAAGGUGCCCACGCCCUCUGGUCAGUCAAUUCCGUGGGACCUCUGGGAGCCCACAGAGAGUCCAGCUGGCAGCCUGCCUUCCAGGGAGCCCAGCGCUGCCGAGGGCACCUUUGCUGUGGCCUGGCCCAGCCAGACUGCCGAGCCCGGGCCGGCCCAACCAGCAGAGGCCUCGGAGGUGGCGGGUGGGACCCACCCUGCGGCUGGAGCCCAGGAGCCCGGGGAGACAGCAGCAAGUGAAGCAGCCUCCAGCUCUCUCCCCGCGGUGGUGGUGGAGACCUUCUCGGCAACUGUGAACGGCACCGUGGAGGGUGGCAGCGGGGCAGGGCGCCUGGACCUGCCCCCGGGGUUCAUGUUCAAGGUGCAGGCCCAGCACGACUACACAGCCACUGAUACGGACGAGCUGCAGCUCAAAGCCGGGGACGUGGUGCUGGUGAUCCCCUUCCAGAACCCUGAGGAGCAGGAUGAAGGCUGGCUCAUGGGCGUGAAGGAGAGUGACUGGAACCAGCACAAGGAGCUGGAGAAGUGCCGGGGCGUCUUCCCUGAGAACUUCACCGAGCGGGUGCAGUGAGAGCAGAGCGGCUGGCGGCGCUCCCGGCGCGUGAAGAACGGCACCUUUUCCCGAAAAAUGUGUGUUUCCUUUCUUUUUUUUCCCCCGUUUUUGUUUUUAAACUUUUGAAAAGCAAAGGGAAAUUGAGGGGAGAGACCUAAGCCGAGAGGUGUUCUCCCAAACAUGAGGUGGUUUUCCAAAGAGCCUGGGUUCGGCGAGUCCGGCGGAAUCACCCGUGUUCCUGAAGCUGCUGUGUCCCCUAGUUGAGUUCCCGGCCGCCUCCCCCGCCCACGCCCACUGGGUGUCGCCGCCGCCGCCGCCGCCUGUGUGCCCGGCCGUGGGACGGGGCCUGGGGGCCGCCGGGCACCACGCUUGCCUGAAGCUUGGGCCUGACCGCCUGGGCUAGGGUCCUCCUUUCCUGGCAGCUGCCGUGGGUGGAGUCCAGCGUCUCCAGAGACCUCGGGCCCAGACACCAGCCUGGCCUGGCCCUGCCCCGCAGACGUCUGUGUGCUGUUUGAAAAUAAAUCUUAGUGUUCAAAACAAAAUGAAACAAACAAAAAUGACAAAAGCACUCAAA